ACUACAUACACAUAGUCUAAUACACAAAUGUGAGAAAAGUGAUGGUAGGUCGUCGUUAGUAGAAAGACGGACAGAUUGUUUUGUUUUAGAAAAAUAAGUGUUGCGUUACCUAGGUUAUAAAAUUGUGUUUCUGAUUUAUUAAUUAACUGACGAUCUUACAAGUUUAUUUAAUCUAACAUAACAAGUAAUUUAGUACAUAACUUUAAGUUUUUCCGUCAAGUAUCGUACUUAUUUUAUUUGGUUUUAGAACACGAAGUUGAAACAAGUGAAAUUCUUUGUUUUUAUAAACUUGUAGAAGGUGUUAUGUUAACGCUGCAAUUUUGAAGAGACUUUAUGGAAAUUAUUUUCGGAACGGCUAGGUGACAAAGGCUGAAAAUGACUGUGGAGAAGAGCAAAGGCCUAGAGCCAAAAAAGCCACCGGCAACGAAGAAGGUGGCCCCUGAUGGAGGGUGGGCGUGGAUGGUCUGCUUAGGAGUCAGUUUAGUUAAUUUCUCGACGCGUUCUCUAGAGCCGUCCUUCGGUCUGCUGUUCAAAGACUUGCUAGAUGAUCUCGGCGUCCACACAACGGGGGCUUCAGUCAUCGCGAGUACUCUAGACUCUGUGGUUAACUUCUCUGGCUUCUUCGUGGGGCCCGUGAUAAAGACCUUCUCCUACCGGAAGGUUUGCUUCGUGGGAUCCACAAUAUGCGCUCUGGGUUUGCUGUUCACCGCACCAGCAGCCAGCAUGGGCCACAUCAUAGCUACUUACAGUAUUUUGGGAGGAUUUGGAGUGGGUCUCGCAUCGUCAUCCUCGUUCGUGUCACUCAACCAUUACUUUUCUAAAAAGCGUGGCCAAGCCGUCGGUCUGUCGAUGGCUGGAACUGGCUUCGGGUUGAUGGUGAUGCCUCAGCUAGUCAAGCUCUUAUUAGGAGAAUACGGGUUCAGAUGGACGGUCGUCAUACUAGGAGCUUUGGCCUUCCACGCUGUACUGGGCUCCUGUCUACUACAGCCCGUCAAAAGACAUCUCAUUGAUGAACCCGUUGACUGUGAAAUGCAGACAGUUAAGGAAAUGGAGUGUAUAUUAGAGAGUGAUGAAGAAAACGAGGAUAAGUUCGAAAUAAAUCCGCUUGUUUCGCCUGCAGUGCCAAAGAUAAAGAAGCAGCGAUCUCACACUAACAUGAACCAUCCUUCGGUUAGGACGAUAGGUUUGCCGAGGGCUAAGACCUGUGAUAAGCCUUUACAGGAGUUUGAGAAGUUUGAGAUAAAUAACAGGCUGUAUCCCGGGCUUACGACAGCGGCGUCAGUUGCCGCCAUGCCACGAGUGACGUCUAGCGGCAGCAUGAGUGAAGCGGCACGCAAGAGAAAAGUCUCCGUCAUUUCCAAUAUCUCUAACAUGGAUUUCACUGGCAGUUACUUGCAAUUGUAUCUUGACACGGUAGUAGACGACGAUGCCAUACAAAUGAAGCCAAUCAAGAAAGCUGAGCCCGAAGAAAAGAAGAAGGGAUGGUUUAGAAGAUUUAUUGCUCUAAUGGACUUAGAUUUACUUAAAGACUGGUCGUUUUUGAACCUUUUACUAGGACUCUCGCUCUUUUGGAGCGGGGAACUACAAUUUAGGAUGUUGACUCCAUUCUUUAUAAGAAGUUUGGGCUACAAUAUGAAUGAUACGGCGUUUUGCCUGUCCAUGACUGCCAUAACUGAUAUUUUAGUGCGGUUGAUAUUGCCGCCUAUAUUUGACAGAACGACGAUUUCUAAGAAAAUGAUAUUCUUUAUUUCUUCAUUCUUCUUAGCGGCUACGAGAUCUGUACUCGCAGAGCAAACAGACUGGGUGCCCCUAAUGAUCUGGCUGUCAAUCUGCGGCUUCUUCCGAGGCAUGUGUCUGAGUAACUUCACACUGACUAUCUCGGAGUACUGUCCUCUUGAGAAGCUGCCUGCUGCCUUCGGAUUACAUAUGGUCAGCAAGGGAGUGUUUGUGGUGGCUAUUGGGCCGAUUAUUGGUUACGUUCGUGACUACACCGGUAGCUUCGCGACUUGCAUUCACGUACAAAACGCUCUCAUCAUGUCGUGUGUGCUCGUAUGGGGCAUAGAGUACGCCCUCGCUUUCACACGACGCAGGAAGGUCGUGCAAAUAUAACGACAAAGAAUAUUCCAGAAGCUCCAUUAUAAACAGCUCACGUUACAUGCCUUCAGAAGUUAGAAAAUCAAAAUGUAUGAACAAAAUGUUGCGUCAUAUAGCAGAUUUCAGAGGGUUACAAUUUGACGUGAACUGCACUGUAGCCUGGGUAAUCCACUAUAGCAUAUCUGUUUGAAAAGCUAUGCUUUUGUAAGUACAAUAUGUAAACUGUACUGCUAGAUAUAUUAUUAUAGGCAGUGCAGCUGAUGAACUCUAUCAAUUUUAUACUUUAUAGCAAGAUAAUUUUAAAUCAAUAAAUCUUUUAUUCGAGAAGUUAUAUAAAAUUAUUCAGUCCAUAUCGAUGUCAUAUCAAAUUGAAACUGAUGUUACUUGAAAUGGAGUUAUUUGGCUGCACUGUUUCCUAAAUGGGUAAAGUCUACCAUGACAAAUGACAACAGUGGGAAACAUUAUAUUGCUAAGCGGACUUUACCCACUUUUAAUACAGAGCUUGUAUUUAGAAUUUAUUGAAAAGAUACCCUAAUACGUAUCUUUCAAAAUUGACGUAGUAAAGAAUUUAUUUUUUCAAAAAACCUCUCUAAAAUUAGCUCUCUACCAUAAAUUGGAUUGCAUGCAUGGCUUAACGAAUUAUGGUAAUAAUCAUGAACAUUUAUUAAUUCAUAUAAACUAUAGAAAUGAUCAUUAUAAAUUUCCAUAUAAUAUGUGUCAAAGCUUAGACGUAAUCGCUAGAACCAGUGACUUGGAAAGUGGAACAUCUUAUAGAUAUACUAGUUACUUAAUAAGAAAGUCACUUUUAGACAUUGAUUUUAACUAUUAAUAUUUUUAGACGGCUGUUUGUAGUUCGGAAAGUUUUGUAGGUGUGUAUUUUUAGAUGAUAUUAAUUUAUACACGUAACUUAGCAGUAGGAAAUCUAUCUUCUAAAGACAGCCCGAGUUGAAGGCGAGAGAGGGCCAAGACAUUUGUAGGACAAUGACUAACUAACUCUUAGACAGUGAAUGUGUAGAUGAAUAAGACUUCAUUUGGAUCGAACUGCAUUUCUUAAUUGCUUUAUUUUAUAUAUGUAGUAAUGACUAUAAAACAUGACUUAAUGUUCUUGAAUUUUCUGGUAAAUAAACUCUGUACUGUGUUAUAAUUAUAUUUCUGACCGCAAAUAGCGGGGUACACGAAUAGUAGUACUUAUUAAUAUUGUUUGUGGUUCGAUAAUUGUCAUGUAUGUUCGUCAUCAAUCUAAAAAAAAAAUAUGUAAAAGACUAACUUUUUAAUGUCAUCCGGUUUUAACAUCAUUUAACUACGUAGUGAAAGAAUAAUAAACUAUUUAACUACUACUUGAAAACAUGACUUACGUGUUCGUAUUAGAAUUUUGAACUUUGUUGUUUUGACAUUGUAAUUCGCUAAUUGACUCAUCAAAAUGGUAAGUUUUGACGACAUACACAAUAUCAAGUGUUAUGGCUUAUUAGUCGCUGACGCGAUUGAUUGUGUAGUUAUUAUUUUCUUAACCAUUGCAUAAAUUGCAAACUGAUAUACUUAGUAAAUGAUAAAAUAUUUAAUAUUUAUCUUAAAUAUUUAUCUGAUUUUAUCCAUCACUUUGAGUACUUAAAUAUUCCAAUUUGGGCAUCAGUUGCUAUCAAAAAUUUAUCUUCCAAUAUUUCGUCUUCCAAGACUUAUAAUAUUAGGAACUUAUACUGCAAUGUGCGCUUUUGAUGUGUGAUUUAAUUGACCAAAUAUAUCGUGUACUUACGAAUGUUUGAUAAACAUGUAGUACUUACAUUAAAUGAUAAUUAAUAAGCAGUUAUUGAACGUAAUUAUAUCUCUUAUCAUUUUUUACUUCUUGUAGGAAAAAUUAUAAGAGUGCCAUGUGACAUCUGUUGUUUUUAACAUAAUAAAAUGAAAUAAUUAAUGCAAUCAAUUUUUGAAAUGUAUGUGCCAAUUGUACAUAAAUCUUUGUAUGAGUAAAUAGGUAAAUGUUUAGAAACUUUACAAUUUAUUCAACAAUACAUAAUGUAAUCAACUUAAUCAUGUACUUAUGACUUUCUAUGGGAGUUAGUAUGAAAAAGUAAAUAAUCAUAUUUCGAUUUCAAUUUUAUGAAGUACAUAAAAAGUCUGUAAAUACAAUCGAAUUGUUUUAACGUUGGUUUAUUGACCUUCUGAAAGCUAAAUAAUAAUCUGGAUUUUUUUAAUGAUAAUUGAUAAUAUGUGUAACAGUGUCUGCUGUUUUUAUUUCCAUAUUAAUUAUGGAUGUUAUACUGUGACUUAAACAUUAAGUUAUUUUUAAAUACGCCUCAGAUUAAAGAUAAAAUGCAUGAUUAAUUCAUUAAAUAUAACAACAAUGUCUUUCUAUAGUCACUAUGGAAAUUAGUGCGACACCAGAUGUUUGUCUGCCUUGAAUAUUUAUCAUAGUGUUGUCUUCUAAUAUAGACGACUACUAAAAUAAUAAUUCUUUAGUAAUAAAAACAACACAGAAUGUAGUUCACACUUUUUUUGCCACAUGUUAACAUAUUCGAGACCAGUUAAUGUGGUGGAUUCUGACAUAAACCUGGGUAAUAAAAAGAAACCUGCAUUAUUCAUAAAUAUCUACAGUUUAUAACACGGAUUACACGAGUUUGAUCUGUGCGAUUGUUUCACAUAUUUUUAUGACAAUAAUUUUGUUGAGUUUUUGGUAUUUAGACGUAAUGUUGUUGAAAAGCUUUGUUUUAAUAUCAGUUGAAUCUGUUAUGAAAUAAUGGAUGUCUGCUUAUUAUAAUAACGUAGGCUUUAAGCGUUCAUUCAUUUGCUAUCAUUCUGAUACUUAGUAUCUUAAGAACUAAUGUUCAUUUGAAUAGUUUUAAGUAUUUUUUGUAGAAAUAAAGUACAAUAUAAUUAAUUUUUCUUUAGCAUUAUAAUAAGCAGACAUCCUAUACUUUUAUGAAUGGUGCGAGACUUAGCCUGUAUGUUAUAUACUAAACCUAUUUUAUUAACCAUGUAAAAUUUAUAGGGAACAUUUUAUAUAAAAGAAUGAAAAAGACAAUGCAUUAAAGUAAAAGGUGGUUACCGAGA